GCUUAGUUCUUAAAAAACACGCCAUUGGAGAGAGAGAAGAGCGCGAUCGAGAGGCUCGGCGAGGGCGAGACGCUACGUAAUCUCCAUCCGGACGGGGACGGCAUAGCUCCCAGGCAUUGAAUCCCUCGCGCGAGGUCUCCAGGAGUAAUGGCGGACCUGGCCGAUGUCCCCGUGGACGAUCUCAUGGGAGAGCUCCUGAGGAGAAUGAAAUGCGCGAACAAGCCCGAAAAGCGCCUGAUCCUUGUCGGUCCGCCUGGAUCGGGCAAGGGCACGCAGUCACCGAUCAUCAAAGACGAGUUUUGCCUGUGUCAUUUGGCCACUGGAGAUAUGCUCAGGGCUGCCGUCGCGGCAAAGACUCCUCUUGGGAUAAAGGCAAAAGAGGCCAUGGACAAAGGAGAGCUCGUUUCGGACGACUUGGUUGUGGGAAUUAUUGACGAGGCGAUCAAGAAGCCGUCGUGCCAGAAAGGCUUUAUUCUGGACGGAUUUCCUCGGACAGUGGCGCAAGCCGAAAAGCUGGAUGCGAUGCUAGAAAACCAGGGAAACAAGAUCGACAAGGUCCUCAACUUUGAAAUCGCGGACCCCGUCCUGGAGGAGCGCAUCACCGGGAGAUGGAUCCACCCAGCAAGUGGAAGGUCUUACCACACAAAGUUCGCCCCGCCAAAAACUCCCGGCGUCGAUGACGUGACCGGAGAGCCCCUGAUUCAACGCAAAGACGACAAUGCAGCCGUCCUGAAGAGCAGGCUCGACGCUUUCCAUGCACAGACAGAGCCUGUGAUAAACUACUACAACAACAAGAAUCUCGUUGCUCAUCUCCACGCGGAGAAGCCGCCCAGCGAUGUCACAGCCGAAGUCCGGAGCGCUCUCAAAUCGUGAUCCCAAGUUUGCUCGUUCGCCAACAAAUAAGAACAUGCCGCCAUAACGCGCCAAGCUGAACUUAUUUUGGUUUCUUUCUUUCUGAGCUUCCCGAGGCUCUGGCAAUUUUUGCAGUUUAAAUUGAGACAAAUUCUUUGAAA